CGCUCUACCCUGCCUGCCCUCCAUGAGCUCAAUGGAACCCGAUGGGCAGUCCCAAAACCGUUGUAACCGCCCACCUUCUGACUCCAACUCCUUAUUACACGUACAGAGCACUGUCCCAAACAAAGAGCACCCAGCCUCCUCGGCGGCGGCUCGGGACGCAACUCCGUCACCCACAGUCACAUCUCACAUCUCCCUCCCUCCCUCCCCCAUUAGCCAUCAGCCAUCAUCACCGCCCCGGUAAGCACCCUCCGUGGUCAGACGCUUUUGUAU